AUGCUCCCCGUGCCCCCACAGCCCACUCCUUCCUCCGCGUCCGCAACCACCCCCAACGGUGGGGCAACGGCCACAAACGAGAGUGUAGACCUAUUUGCAGCACUCUUCACAGAACAAGACUCUUCUCUGAACACGACAAGUACUCCGUUGCUGCUACAGAAUCAGUCAUCCACCACCAACUCGGACAUCGACUGGUUUGCAACAGACAGCGCGCUCCCUCUCACUACUUCCUCUGAUAUCUUGCUCGAGAACGCCGCCCAGGGUAUCAAUAACUCGUCGUUACCCGAACCAGAUCAGUUUGAAGAAGACCUCGAGCGUGCCCUCGCCGGCAUUGAGCCCGACCAACUUAGCUACAUCAACGCACUCCAACCAGCACCGGAUUUCGCGCAGCAGCAGUAUCUCCUUCAUCGCACCGCAGCCGCCGGUCCGGCUAGUCAUCACAGCUUUGUCCAACAGUUGCAACAACAGCAACCACAACAACUAUCUAAUCAACAGGCGAAUUCACUAGGAGUCGGAACCCCGCUCGCCAACAACGCCAACACAUUCAACACUUCGAUCGCCCCUGCUGCGUCGUUUGCCAACCAGUUCGGCUUCGGCUCAUUUACCUCGUUUGGCGGCGCAUUCAACUCCCACUUUUCUGGUGCCCAAUCGGCUUACGCUGGUUUCCCGCCCACGUCGCUUUCCCACCCAGGUCCGCUGUCGGCCCUUACUGCAAGCAGCGAGAGCGCAUACGGUGCAGAAGAUAAUAUAAGCGAGUCCUACUAUAAUCCCUACAGUCCCCAGGGUUCGCUCGUCAACGCCCCCAACUCCGCUAACGCCCGGUUUAUCGCAAAUAACCCAGCUUUAUUCCAGGCGCUCGAAAACUUUUCCAACGAGCUCGCUGCAUUUGGUCUAUCCGACGCUACCAACCUCGGCUCGAAUCACCUCGCCACCAUCGACGCCGUCGUCCCAUCGCAAACGACACGAUCAAUCCAACCAUCUUCUGUCAGUCUAGACCUCCUCAUGCCAUCUUCAAUCGCCUCUGGAACAUCUUAUGACGAGCUGAGCUCGUCGCCCGGUCCCAACAAUGCCAGCGAACGGCAACAAGAGAGUGCCGAACGCGAAUUUGGAUCCAGUACCGGCCUCGUGGGUAGCUUUGUACCUGUGCCACCCCAAUCGGCAACGGACCCACGCAAAAAGUACCAAUGUCCGAGUUGUCCGCGAGCUUUUGCACGCGCGUUCAACCUGAAAACACACAUGGCAACACACGAUCCGAACCGACUCAAGCCACAUGUGUGCCACCACACUGGUUGCGGGCGAUCCUUUUCGCGUAAACACGAUCUCGGCCGCCAUCUCGUUUCUAUUCACAAAGACGAGAGUGGUCUCAAGCUCACGCACCCGGAUUCUGCUGCACCAGCUAGUGCUGGUGCCAGUGCAGUGAGGAGCGGCGCAUCCACGUACGGCGUUUCUGGACAUCCAGUUCCUCCUGGACGAGUUCAUCACGUCGGAAAAGGCUCACUCACUGGCAUCAACACCAAAGUGGCCAAAGACUCCAAAGGCGCGGUUACACCCACCAGCGCCAGUUUCAUGCCAAACAUUGCUCUCGGAAGCAGCUUCAUUAAGCCAGAGGAUACCAAAAUCCCACCCUUUCCCGAAGAGAGCUUGACACGAGUCACACGCCCUGCCUUUGCAGAUUCGAGCGUUCAACGUCCAGGUAGCACGUACUCUGCGUCUGGACGUGCUGGAAGCACAUACUCGACCAAGAGUGGUGUCGACGGUGGCCUCGGUGUCGCCGCGCCUGGUGUUUCAAGAGGAUGGUGCGACACCUGCGGCCAAGGAUGGGUCGGCAACCGCAAGACAUGUCAUUGCAAUGGCGAAGUCGAGAGCAAGAUCAAGAUCAAGACGUAA